UGCCCUCGGUCCUAGCAUGGCGCGCGCUGCGGGGCCCGAGCGGCGGGUGCUGGCGGUCUAUACCGGCGGCACCAUCGGCAUGCGGAGCGAGCAAGGCGUGCUUGUCCCAGGGGGAGGCCUGGCCACCAUCCUGAGGGCGCUGCCCAUGUUCCAUGACCAGGAGCACGCGCAGGUCUGCAGUCUCCCCAACGACACGCUGGUGCUGCCCCCUGCCGGCUCGGACCAGAGGAUCAUCUACACCGUGCUGGAGUGCCAGCCCCUCUUCGACUCCAGUGACAUGACAAUCACCGAGUGGGUUCAGAUCGCCCAGACCAUAGAGAGACACUAUGACCAGUACCAUGGCUUCGUGGUCAUCCACGGCACUGACACCAUGGCCUUUGCUGCCUCUGUGCUCUCCUUCGUGCUGGAGAACCUGCAGAAGCCCAUCAUUCUCACUGGUGCCCAGGUGCCCAUCCAUGCACUGUGGAACGAUGGCCGGGAGAACCUACUGGGGGCCCUGCUCAUGGCUGGCCAGUACAUCAUCCCAGAGGUAUGCCUGUUCUUCCAGAAUCAACUGUUUCGGGGCAAUCGGGCAACGAAGGUGGACAAUCGGAGGUUUGCAGCCUUCUGCUCCCCGAACCUGCCCCCACUAGCUACGGUGGGUGUGGACAUCACAAUCAACAGGGAGCUGGUGCGGAAGGCCAGCAAGGACCGGCUGGUGGUGUGCAGCCGCAUGGAGCGAGACGUGGGCCUGCUGCGCCUCUUCCCCGGCAUUCCUGCCUCCCUGGUUCGGGCCUUUCUGCAGCCCCCUCUGAAGGGUGUGGUCAUGGAGACCUUCGGUUCAGGAAAUGGGCCCACCAAGCCGGACCUGCUACAAGAGCUGCAGGCGGCAGCUGAGCGUGGCCUGGUCAUUGUCAACUGUACCCACUGUCUUCAGGGCACUGUGACCUCAGACUAUGCCUCUGGCACGGCCUUAGCAGGAGCCGGCGUCAUCUCCGGCUUCGACAUGACGUCUGAGGCUGCCCUGGCCAAGCUGUCCUAUGUGCUGGGCCAACCAGGGCUGAGCCUGGAUGUCAGGAAGAAGCUGCUAGCCCAGGACCUUCGGGGAGAGAUGACGCUGCCUGCAGUGGAUGAGUGCUGGUCCUCACUUCAGGGCAGCACCCUGAGCCGCGCGGUGUCCUGGCUCCUCCGUCUGAGCAUCAGCCAGGAGGCUGAAGCUCUGCGGGAUGCUCUGAUGCCCAGCCUGGCCCUUGCUGCAGCUCACUCUGGGGACCUAGAGGCCCUGCAAGCACUUGAGGAACUGGGCAGUGGCCUGAGCCUGGAAGACCCUAUUGGUCAGACCCUGCUGCGUGUGGCAGCCCAGAGGGGCCAUGCCGGUGUGGUUGCCAUGCUGCUGCAGAGAGGAGUAGAUGUGAACGCCCGGRACCAGGACGGCCCCAGCCCUCUGCUGCUGGCUGUGAGGGGCAGGCACCGGGGCGUCACUGGGUUGCUGCGGGCCGCUGGGGCCUGCCUGUCUCCCCAGGAGCUGGAGGACGCAGGGACGGAGCUGUGCAGGCUCGCCUCCCGGGCAGACGGCGAAGGCCUGCGGGUGUGGUGUCAGGCAGGGGCUGACCUGGGGCAGCCUGGCUACGAUGGGCGCAGUGCCCUGCACAUGGUGGAAGCAGCUGGCAACCCAGAGGUGACCGCCCUCCUGCAGAGCCUGGAGGGUGGGGUUGGUGCCCAGGCCCGGGGUCCGGAAGUUCUGCCUGGGGUCUAACCUGAAGCUAUCUUGCUGCAUAAACCCUAAGCCAUUCCUGCCUACUGUGACCUUCUGGACAGACUUCAGGCACACACCUGCCCACUCUGACUGGGAUGAAGCCUUUCCUGCCACCUCUGUUUCCCCAUCUCUUUCCAUGACAAAGCCUAAAGGCCUCUGUUGGGCAGAA